AUGGAUUCUACUAACGAUCGAUUCAAGGAAGCGUCAUGGAAGUUGAUCCAGAAUAGCGAUUACGAACUCUCGUCGGAGUACUAUGACACUACUCAACAGUUCUUGGAAUCCUUCCAGCUGCUGGAACUCUCUUCCUUUGAAUCGCUGAAAUUGGCUUUAAAAAACUUUACAGAGGAGACAGGUUACGCAUAUACUAUCAAACGAUCUAAGCGCUAUCGUGAAGAUGAUGUUCGACGAGACGUUUUAGUUUACAAUCAUAUAUGUUAUGGGUGUACUCUGCAUGUUCAGGGUUCUUCCCAUUCCAACAAUGUGAAAGGGUCUUUCAAAGUUGCGAAGUAUACCAUGGUUCACAAUCAUCCUCCCCCAAUGAGUAGCGCUACCCUUGAACUCGAUUCUUCUGCUUUCCCAGCUUUUAUCGACUGCAGUGACAGUUUUCGUGAAGCCUUUCCUACAAUGUCUGCCGGCUCCUAUGUAGAGUUUACUAAUCGUCUGAAGCAAUUUGAAAGGACGACGGGUUCAGUUUACAUAAAGUACUCGAGUGGGCUUUUCGGCAAUACAGGAGAUCGACAGGAGGCGCUGUGCAAGUAUAAGAAGUUGCGGUACGUCUGCGUGCAUUACGGAUCUCGUCGAAGUGAGCCGAUUCGGAGGCGCAAUCAACACACCACGAAGAUCGGUUGCGGCAGUUGCUUUUCGGUGAAGUAUCGUGAGGGGCGACUACAAAUCGUCAGCUACGACAUGCGACAUUGUCACCCCGUGGAUCCUGAAUCCGCGAUGCUCUAUCCCCAUAACCGACGGCUUACGCCAUUGGAAACAGCAGAGAUCGAGCAGAUCCUUGCUUUUAAUCCCAACAUGGGGGAACUGAAGCAUCACAUUAAGGAAAAGUACGGCAAAAUCUGCACAACAAGAGACAUAAUCAACAUGCGCUUUCGUCGGAAAAAACGUCUGGAGAUGUCUAGUUUGAAUUCUACCAAGGAAGUGAAAAGUGUUCAAUCACAAUCCCUCCCCUCCUCUACAUCUACCUUACCCGCUGGAGCGAAUUUGGAGUCGCUGGUGGAUAUUUGUUGUCAACAGAAAGGCAAUUCAAGCCAGGAUGCUGAUGCGCUGGAACCGGAAGCAGAGGAGGAGGAAGACGAGGAUGGAGGGCGUUUGUCGCCAGUCCUGCAGGACAUCCAGCAAUUUACGGAGACUACACCUGCAGAGGAGAUAACGGGUUUUCAGUCGGUGCUUCGUAACCUUGCCAGUGCUUGGCGGCGAAAUCAGCAGUCCGUAGUCGUAGUAUCCAAAAGUGAUGACCCUCAUGUGGAGGAAAGUGUACCACACUAG